AUCAUUUUUCUAAACAGCAUAAAGGGUAAUACUUGUACUUGUUGUUUCAAAGUAAUUUAAACAUGGUCAAAAAAUUGUGCCUAUAAGGGGUCAAAUGGCACGAUUACGUGUUUUUCUGUGUAUUAUACGUUGCCCAUGCAUGUAUUAGACGUGUAAAAUUGCAAAAAUGAAAGUGUCGGAACAAAAGAUGCAUUCUAUCUAAAAGAGAAUGCUCACCCAGACUUGCCUGAAACGCCUCGUGUUACCACACCCCCACAAAUCUACGUCAGUUGUGGUAUGAUUUGACUCACGGCCGGGCCACGCAUACUCCGUGUCCGGUCUGUAUUUUUUUACGUACCCAUGUUAAUUUAUGUUACUUGUUUAAUUAAGCAAUUAAAGCAAAACAGUUAUCAGGAGUUGUAAAAACAAUUAAUGCGAUUAAAAUGGUGUGUAGUAGGCCUACAAAUAUCCUAUAGUGUUUAUAUUGGGUGAGGAAGGUGCUUCUGUUUAGAAAUCGACAAGCAGGUGGUCCAGAAAGUACAAGACGGCAGCGCGAUGGAUAACAUGCGGCUUAUUAUUGAGAUCUGUUCCCACAAAUGAUUCUGCAAUUGAAGAGGCUGCUUCAUCCAAAAGUAGGACUAACACAAGGUGUAAAAGCAAAUUCUGUGUGCAUGUGUUGUGAAAAAUGCAGAUUGUUAAAGAGGAGAUUGAAGAGAUGAGUCAUUUAGAUCCAUGCGGUGUGAAAAAUGAAGAUACGGAGGAACAAACAGAUCUGCUGGAAAUGAAAGAUGUAAGUGAUGAACUAAAUGGACUGGAGGAGACACAUCAGUAUCAGAAACCUCAUCGUUUCAAAAUGGAAGAAAUAUCUUCUGAUUGCUCGGAGAUGAAAAAUACUUGUUCAAACACAAGGCAAAGAACAAGAAGAAGAAAAUCUUUCACUUGCCCUCAGUGUGAAGAGGAACAGACUUUGAAAACAGACUUUGAUCUGCACAUAAGAGUCCACACUGGAGAAAAGAUGUUCACCUGCCCUCAGUGUGGAAAACAGUUCUCGUACAGAGAACAGUUUCGAAAUCACAUAAGAACUCACACUAAAGAGCGUCUACAUCCAUGUCUUCAGUGUGAAAAGAGUUUUAGAGAGACUAGUAUGCUUAGUAACCACAUGAGAAUUCACACCGGAGAGCGGCCAUACCCGUGUCCUCAGUGUGGAAAGAGUUUUAGAGAGAAUGGUACACUUAAUAACCACAUGAGAAUCAUGUGUCCUCAUGUGUGUCCUCAGUGUGUGUGUCCUCAGAAUGUCCUCAGUGUGUGAAGUGUUUUAGACAGAGAAGUGCACUUAAUGCCCAUUUGAAAAUUCACUCUGGAGAGCGCCCAUACAUGUGUGUUCAGUGUGGAAAAAGUUUUAGACAGAAUUGUGUGCUUAGUGACCACAUGAGAAUUCACACUGGAGAGCGCCAAUACACAUGUGUUCAGUGUGGAAAGAGGUUUAGACAGAAUUGUAAGCUUAACGCCCACAUGAGACGUCACACUGGAGAGCGUCCACAUGUAUGUGCUCAAUGUGGAAAGAGUUUUACACAGACAACAAGUCUAAAGGCCCACAUGAGAACUCACUCUAGAGAGACUCCAAACACAACCUCGGUGUAGGAAAACUGGCCAAUUAAUGGCCGCUGGCUGAACGUCUGAUGCAUAUGGCAAGCUGAAAACUUUAGCAGAUUCAAAGUUGGUUGUUGGAAUUACAGGCUUUUGGUAGAUAUGUGUCAUUUUCUGAAAUGAUCAGCCUGGAAUUUUGUAUUCUGUCAUCUUGUAAGGAUCAAUAAAAAACAUGCACCUGUA